CACUUGCUUGCAACCAAGACUUGCACCACGAGGCCAUGGGGGCAGGGAAAGUGAAUGGUGAACCAAAUCAUUCUAAGCUCUCUUUACCCACCACCUCCACCUCCACCUCCACCACCGCCACACCUCCCCUUCUUUCUCGCCCUCCCCCGUGAUGAAGAAAGAGAUGGUGGCCAACAGUAGGCAGGCAACAGUCCCUGUGGGGGGAAAGGAGGAAGAGAGAAUUCCAAGACAAGCUUCUACCUAAUGCCAAUGACACACACCAAAAUAUCCCCCCUAAAGUUAGCCAUCCCCAGUCUGUCUGAUGUGUGCCAUUACCUGCAUCAUGUCUCCUUCUUCCUGCAGCUCAACUCCACUGACAUCUAAUCAGGUUAGAAAGAAACGCAUAGCUCACACUAAAAGUUCGUCUCAACAUAAUACUGCUGCCACUAUUGGGCGACCAACCAAGCCAAAUUGCUGUGAUGCGAGCCAUAUGUUGCACAUGGAAUCUGGACAUCCACUGUGGGCUUCUGCUGCCUUUACACCUACCGACCUUUUGGGGGCGGCCACGGGCAGCAAGCAAUGAUGGGGUGGGUGCCUUUUGAAGCUGGUAACUGCACGGGAGUGAUGUCAUCAUGGCUCGUGAGGAGGAGGCCUACCAUGCCGUCCAAUUCCUCUCCCCCGCUUCUUUCCCAAUCAUCCAACCUUUUCCUCACCAACUUUGCCUCUAGAAGACCUUCCACGGCAGUCAAAUGCUUAUAAAUCUCCAUAUCCUUCUUCUCCGAGAGGAUAAGAUAUGUAAAUGGAUAGAGAGAUUUACGGCAAAGGCGGAGCUUAGUGAGAUAGCCAUUGAUGGGGAGGUCCCCGUGCUGCGAGAAAGCGCACACCAACAAGGGGGCGUGGACCAAGGAGGAGGACGACCAGCUCAUCGCCUACAUCCGCGCUCACGGGGAGGGGUGCUGGCGCUCGCUGCCCAAGGCCGCCGGCCUCCUCCGCUGCGGCAAGAGCUGCCGACUCCGCUGGAUCAACUACCUCCGCCCCGACCUCAAGCGCGGCAACUUCACGGAGGAGGAGGACGAGCUCAUCAUCAAGCUCCACAGCCUCCUCGGCAACAAGUGGUCACUGAUCGCUGCGCGGCUUCCCGGGAGGACGGACAACGAGAUCAAGAACUACUGGAACACCCACAUCAGGAGGAAGCUGCUGAGCAGGGGAGUGGAUCCCGUCACUCACCGCCCGAUCAACGGCCAUGGUUCCGAUACAGCCACCCAUUUCGAGAGGAAGCCUGCUGCGAUUGGCUUCGGACCAGACCAGGAGUCGGACAAGAUCAGUAGCAGCGAGGAGUCGUCGGCGUGGCAGCAGCGGCAGCCCAAGUGGCCGGACCUCAAUCUGGAGCUAUGUAUAAGCCCUCCUUCCCAACAGCAACAACCUUUAGAGCCCGUUGAUGGAGGGGGAGAGCAACCGCAAAGCCUGUGCUUUAGCUGCGGCGCUGCCGUGGGGUCGCAGAAGCGCCACAAGGAGUGCAAGUGCAGAGACCUCAUUGGCCUCAGCACUGGAAUGCUGGACUACAGAAACCCAUAGAACUCCCAGAGAAGAGAAUGUACUCAAAGAAUCCUCCAUUUCUUGGUGUGUGUGUGUGUGUGUGUGUCUGCGCGCGCGCAUGUAUAUCUACAGGUAUACUAGGCAGGUUUCUACCAUGGUGGCAUUGUCGUGGAUGCCUGUCAUCUCUUUGUCGAUGAAUGAAGCUAUUAUAUAUUGGCAUCUCAACUCUUGUUUUAGGCUCUUUCCAAAGAUCCUACCUUUCGUUUCUUGA